GGUGCCGUUGGGCGGCUGCCAUUUUUCCGAGGCGGAGGGUAGUGGGUCAGAGGCCUCAUGGAUGUUGGUUGAGCUCUCCGUAACCAUUUUGGCUCAAGAAGGUUCGGCUCAACUCAAGGCUGUGGUUGCGCAGCCUCGCCCUUUAGAUGCGGCGCGACUCUGGCCGCUGGGCAAGCCAUGCCGCCCAAACAUCUGCUGACCACCAAGAACACGUUCGUGGACUGCAAGUCGCCGUGGCUGGAGCAGGUCGAAGUGGCUGAGAAGCCCAGCUCCGAUCCGGGCCCUUGCACCGAGUCCUCGGCCACCUUCUCGGGGUCGUCAGAGCGGGUCUGGGCGGACGUCAUGCACGUUGUGGUCCGCUCGUCGCCCGCGGAGACGUCUGCCCCCGAGGGCCCUGCUGAGAGUUCGCGGGCGGCGGAGGAGGCGGAGGGGAGCCGUCGUGAGAGCCUUUCGAGGACGCAGCGCCGCCGAUUGCAGCGCAAGAAUGCGCAAUAUGCCGCCAGUGGGACGUCGCCUGCCUCCUCGUCGGCGCGCGGCUCGGACCCGAGGGAGUCUUCGUCUUCCAAGGAGAGCCCAGUAAAUGAGCAGCACGUAGCAGCAGCAGCACGCAGCACGCAGUAUAAGCAGCGCUUGUAGCAAGAACCGCACCAGAGACGUCGACCCCGCGUCGAAGAAGAUGGCGCUAUGAGGGACCCUCGCCUUCCAGUGUUUGGGCCAUCUCCUCCUUCCAUCCUCCGCCUCCAUGCUGAUUAGUUUGUCCUUCCUUAUUCUCCUCAGCCUCCGCCUCUUCGCAGCUUUGCGAGAGGAUGCGGCGUCAGGGCAGUUAGGGCGUGUGCGGAAGCUACAAAUCAGAAAUUCUGUGCUGAUAUCUAGUUUCCCCUCCCACCUCCGAACAUCCAUCCCCACCUCCCCGAGUAUCAAGUUUUUCGGUGGCCAUGGCCCACUUGCCACACUUCUGCAUGUUUCACACUUGACAGACCACCUUUGAGGGCCUAAGAGGGUGGGGUAGCGAGGGCAGACGAGGGGCAAGGAUGCAGCUGAGGGCCAAGGGGCCGGGCAGACUCGGGCGAAGCAUCUUAGGGUCGAGCAGUCUCGGCCGAACAAUUUCGGCCAAGAUGCCGAGCACGCCCUGGCUGAACGAGGUCGGCCGAGCAAUUCUCGCAUGUGCUUUUCUGGCGCAGAUCGCGCAGGCCGGCUGCCGAUCGACCACCGGCGCAGCAGGCCGCAUCUGCCGCCGACCCCAGAAGAGCUGGCGUUCUCGAAGUGUGUGCAUACAUGUACACUGAUAUUGUCGGAGUAUUGGCCUCGCUGGCCUCCCCCGGUGCACAAUGACAAAUGCUGCCCCCCCCCCCGGGAAUUGAAUAUGAGCUGCUGCGCUGCGCAGCCUGCGCUUCGCAACCGAGAAUGUAGCUGUACAGGCGCUUUGCAAUUUGCGCGCCGAAGCGCCGAAUGCGCUGGCAGUUCCCUGCAGGCUUGCCUGAGCGCAGACCGGGAGAGGAAAAACAAAAAAAAUGAUGUUGGUUG